UUGUGUAUUCCAAAACGUUUGCAGUUGACGAAAGUUAACCCUGGCUUGUGGUACUGGAAAGAUGACAGCCGAAGUCUUGAAUUUGUAUGUGCCCACCCUAAGGAGGAAGAUAAGGAAGCUAAGGAUAAGUCUAAGAAAGGGAAAACCAUCCACUUCCAGGAGACGCCCACAAUAACGCCAGACAGACUGGAUCCUGUUUAUUUCCGAGAUAUCUUUGCCGUACGGAAAAGUAUCCAAGAAGAUAAGUCGCCCCGGCUGUUGAAGCGAAUGCAAAAGGAACUGAUUUCUCUAGAAGACGUUAAGUACGCUGCCCUGUUUCUGGCCCACGAAGACGACUCCUUUCACAUCAAUUCUUUCUCUUUAGUUAUGAGGUGCCGGCAGCUAGAUGAUUUUCUCAUGGCUCUGCUGUACUAUCUGAAUUUUUAUCUGGAAAAAUUAGCCUUGGAGGUGAAACCCAGAUCUUUCAUGGGGAAGCCCAGUGCCCUGGAAAGGAAAGAGAUGCGGCAGAACCAAAUCAACCUAGCAGUGACCAAAAAGCACCUGGCCAAGCUGUACUGCAUCCUCAUCCUCGGGCUGGGAAUGUCCGAUCAACAUCACAUGGCUUGCGGAAAGAGGAAAAUAUCAACAACACAGAAAGACAGGGAUUUCUUUGAGUGCUUGUACAACUUCUCCUCCUACGUGGCUUAUGUGACGUUCAGACAGAAGAACCUCAAGGAAAUCCAGCAGGAAGUUGGCCGGCUGCUCCGCUCAAACAUAUUCAAUCCUGCUCUGAGAGAGACAGCUAAACCCAAGGAGUUGAAAACAGAUGUGACCAAGGAGGUGAAGAAGGUCACUUUCCGCUAUCGCAAGAGCACCGAUGUAAGGCAGCCAGCCAUCCGAAGCGUCAUGGACCAGCGAUCGCCGGUGCUUAGCACCUUGCUGCCGAUGCCUAAGGACAGCGCUCAGUACCUUUUCCAGGACCAUUACCUCCAUGGUGGCAGAAGUCAGCCAGCCUACAUUCCUGAAGAGCUGCCAGCCUUUUCCUCUGUGGUGCCAGAACCCAAGAUUGGCAUCAUUGGAUGCCCACGCCACAGAUUUAUCCCUCAUACGCUUCAGCCAAUCGGGACGCAGGAUGCUGAGAAUGAGGAUGACGAAAGCAUGAGUUCGGAGACAAGCAUCUCUCCAGAUGUUUCCCAGGAGCUGAAUGUCUCCCUGAAGGUCCCUCAAGGCAGCGCGAGUCUCCCAUCCGUGGCGGGCUCAAGGGCGACCACCGAAGCAGAUUACGUUGAGAAUCACUAGCAGCAUACGCUAACCAUUAGGGAUAAUU